AUGGCCGGCACAAAGAAACCACCGCCGCCGCCACCAUCAUCUCCGUCGCCCUCCCGGUCACCGGCAGUGGCCCUUCGAUCAUCAUCCCCAAGAACAAACCCAUCAAAAUCAACCAAAAUCUUUCGCCGUGUCCGCUCCGUUUUCCGGUCAUUCCCCAUCAUAACUCCCGCCGCUUGUAAACUCCCGGUCUCCCUCCACAGCCACCAUGACAACCACCACAUCCAUGGCGGAACCCGGAUGACCGGCACCCUUUUCGGCUACCGGAAAACCCGAAUCAACCUCGCAAUCCAAGAAAACCCGAGGUGUUUGCCGGUGCUUUUACUAGAACUCUCGAUUCCGACAGGAAAAUUACUACAAGAAAUGGGGCUAGGGCUCGUUAGGAUCGCAAUGGAGUGCGAGAAACAUGGUGGGAAAACGAAGCUUGUUGACGAGCCGAUAUGGACAAUGUAUUGCAACGGUCGGAAAAUGGGGUACGGUGUGAAAAGAGAGCCUACAAAUGAUGACUUGUAUGUUAUGCAAUUGCUUCAUGCAAUAUCUAUGGGGGCUGGAGUACUUCCAGCCCCCGAUGGAGAAUUAACAUACAUGCGUGCACAUUUUGAAAGAGUGACUGGAUCAAAGGAUUCCGAGACUUAUUACAUGAUGAAUCCAGAUGGGAAUAGCGGCCCAGAACUAAGUAUUUUCUUUGUACGAAUUUAAAUCGUUUUUUUUUAAGUAGUUUAACGGUAAAAGUUGGAUUUGAAAAUGUAGCUUCUAAAAUUAUGAAUAUAUAACCAAUACGAUUACGUUUUUGAUAUCGAUCGUCUUCUUUUUCUUUU